AUGAAUCCAAAAGAACAACAAGAACAGGAGGUUGAAAUUCUGGAGGCGGCAUAUCCAGACGAGCUGGAGAUUUUGAACAGAGAAUAUCCGAAUAUCAAGGUGAAAGUGACGAUUCCAUCCGUUCCGGUGAGUUAAAGCUAGGAAGAAUACUGAAGAGCUGUAGAAAUGGGAAAAUCCUGAUCCUGAUUUUUAUUUGGAAUUGGAAAUCCGCCUUCCAGCACAGUAUCCCGAUGUAGCGCCCGAAUUUGAAAUUUCCGGAUUUCCAAUGGACUUUCCUCUUAAAUGCAUAGAGGAAGUUUAUCAGAAUAUGAGAACCGCAGCCUACGGGAUGCUGGGGUUUCAAGUAAUGAUAACGUUGAUAUCAGAAAUACAGGUAUGGUUUUGUUAGUUGUUUGAUUUAUCCAUAGAAUUCUAUUCCUACGACAUUGAAGCGACUGGAAAAGGAGAAGAGUUUAGAGGAACGGAGGAUUCAAGAUGAAAAAGAAGAAGCAGAACAGCGAAAGUUUGAAGGUAGGGUAUGCCUGACGAUGUUGUAAUCUACGUAUGUUCAGGUAACAGAGUAACUGUGGAGUCUUUUAACGAGUGGAGAGUUAAGUUCGAGAAGGAGUUCUUGGCUGCUGAGCUUGAUGCCAAGAGGCAGCGGGAAGCAGAAUUGGCUGGAAAACUGACUGGAAAGCAGCAAUUCUUGAGAGAUGCUACUUUGAGUAUAUCUGAUCUUGGAAUGUUGGAGGAGGAGAAGACCAUUGAAAGCGUGGAGAUAGAUCAGUCCUUAUUCGAGGAAGAGCUCAGUGAUCUCGAUAUCAGCGGUGAUGGGGAUGACGAAUCCGACUGA